CAAAAUUUAAAACCCAAAAAACUAUUUACAAAUUUUUUGGGUAUCCACCGAUUUGCAAAAACGAAAAAAAAAAAAGAAAAAAAGAAAAAAAAGAAAAAUUGGAAAUUAGUUGCGAAUCCAAUUAGCAGUUGGAGCUUCUUCAAGAACCAGCAAACAGCAAACAUAUUCUUCAGCUCUGCGACAACACUAUCACUAUACCCAGCAAAGUUAUUUCCUUCGACCCUUUGUCAAAUUCUGCAACAAGGCAUUUUCCGGCAUUGCUUUGAGGUUGUGACUUUCAUGUAAGUAAAGUAAAUAUGAGUGACUGUUCAGAGCAGAUACUGCAUACUGAUUGUAAUGAUGAUGUUGCUCAAGAAGAAGGGAAGGUUGAUACCAGUGUUUUGGCUUUGCCCCAAAAUCCAACAAUGCCAGCGGUUCUCGAGGAUGUAAAAGUUGAAAAUCCUGACGGACCGUUGUGUUCAAUUGGAGAUGGUGCAAAUAGCUUUUCUGGUGCUGAUGUGCCAGGGUUUAAGUCUGAUCAGUUGGAUGAUGAUGAUGAUUAUUUGGAUCACAUUAUACUGAAAGAGCGGCAAAGGAUGAUUCUGCUAUCGAGGAAAUAUUUGGGGUUGAAAAAACCAGUUCUUGAGAUCAUGCAGCAUGCUAGAUUAUGCCUUUGGAAUCUGGGUAGCUCUGUAGCCUUGUUGGAAAACCUUACACAAGAGCAUGCUGAUAAAGGAAAGGAAGAAAAUAAUAAUGUUAAUGGAGAAUUUUCAUUGGCCAAAGGUGAUGAUAGCAUAUACUUAUCGGAAAGAAAGGACAUGGAGUUAAAUUCUUGUGAGGGACAGCACAAUUGGCCAAUGUACACAAAUGAUACCAAUGGUUCAUCUUUGUCAACCAUCUUUAAAAUCAAAGAUGAACCUUCUGAUGAUAGUAACAUCAACAACUUGGAUAGGGAUGCUAGGAGUAACUUUUCCAUUAGCAAAUUUCCUGUAAAGAUUGAACAAGAAAUCUCCAAUGAAAUUAAUGGAGAUGAGGUGGAUCAUAUGUAUCUGGGAGAUCGAAUAAAGCUACUCAGGUCAAGAGAUGAUUUCGAGCUAAAUAUGCCUAAGGACCAUGAAUGCUUGAAGAAAUAUGUGCCUUCUGUCACAGACUAUAGCAGAAUUGGCUCAGAAUCUGCUAAACCAACAAGCUUUGGUCGCCCUCAAAAAAGGAAGAAGACUGCCACGGAUUCAAUUGAAACAGCUCUGGAGGAAGAUGCUCCUGGACUCCUGCAGGUCUUAGUUGACAAAGGAGUAUCAGUUGAUGAGAUGAAGCUCUAUGGAGAAAUGGAGAGUGACGAAGCUAUAGAUGAGUCUUCUAGUGAAGACAGUUUUACAGAUCUUCAGGCUGUGAUAUCAAAGCUUUUCAUUCAGCGCAACUCCUUUUUAAAGUUUGCUCCCCUGCAUUAUGCUAAGGGAGCAAGAGCCAAUUAUUGUUUGGCUUGUCUACUCUCACUUGUGGAGCAGACAAGGUAUCUGCAAUUUAGGAAAUGGCCUGUUGAAUGGGGUUGGUGUCGAGAUCUCCAAUCAUUUAUAUUUGUCUUUGAGAGGCAUAACAGACUUGUGCUGGAACGUCCUGAAUAUGGGUAUGCGACAUACUUCUUUGAGCUAGUAGAUUCUUUACCCCUUGACUGGCAGAUUAAGCGAUUGGUCACUGCCAUGAAGCUUACCAGUUGCAGCAGGAUUUCUCUAAUUGAGAACCGACCAUUAUUGAUUGGAGAAGACUUGACCAAAGGCGAGGCAAAGGUGUUAAUGGAAUACGGUUGGGUACCUAAUAGCGGCUUGGGAACAAUGCUUAAGUACUGCAAUAGAGUGGUACAUGACCGGAAAAAUGAAAAGGAGAUCUCAGAGUGGAGAUCAAAGAUAGGAAAAUUGCUAAUGGAUGGUUAUAAUGGUGGAACAGUGGUGUUAACCGACAUCCCGAUGAAGGUUAUGGAGAAUAGAGAUGCUCAAGACACCCAAAUAAAAUUAGAGCUCUAGUUAAAGUUUUAUCUUGUUCUGAAAGUGCCUACAGAUUUGUAUAGAAAUGAAACUAACUUAUACCAGUAGACUGCUUACUAAACCAAAGUUUAGUGUUUUUUUUUUUUUUUUUUUUUUGAAUGAACUUGUCACUAAACAGAGAAGGAAAGAAAAAGGUGCAGGAAGUAUGUUGUUCUGAUCGUUUGGUGUAGUCUUGUAAUCUGAUUGAAACGGAAGAUGUUUGUGUUACAUUUAUUGAAUUAGUCCAUUGGAAAUUGUAAUGUGGUUUCAUUGGGUAUAAUACCCCUUUUGGUUUAA